GCGGAGGAGCUGAGCUGCUGCCAGGCUGAUAAAGAAUUUCUGUGGUCUCUGUGGAAACACAUGCAAGUGUCAAGUCCAGAGCUUAUGCAAGCUGUCAGCUUGGCUGCGGAAAGGUCUUAAAAAAGAGAAAGAAUGGAUUUAUCAUUUCAGAAACAGUGGCAACCUGAAUGUUAGUUCUAGUGAUUGAGAGUUUCAUUGUUGUUCUUCCUGGGGAGUUACAUCUAUCGAAAGAGAAAAACAGAAAGCCGAAGUCAAGGACAGAAGAAUUUUAGAGCUUUUGGAAGCCAAAGACAGCAAAAUAGAAACCCUAGAACAGAGACUCGCAGGACAGUGCCAGGAGAUAAACAGCUUAAUGCAGAGAAAAAAUGCUGUGGAGGAGGAAAAUGCCUAUUUGAAGAAUGAAUUCAGUACCUUGAACCAGAAAUUUAAAGAUAAAAGCCAAGAACUUAAGGACACUGAGGAGUGUGCACAGAAGAAGGAAGAGCAAAACAGACUGGUUAUAAAAAACUUGGAGGAGGAAAAUAAGGGAUUAAAUACAUGCUGUGCUGACCUGCUAAGUGACCUGGAGAAACUGAGGAAGCAGGAGGCACAAUGGAAAAUGGAAAAAUCUGGCAAUGAUGCCAUAAUAGAGAAUUUGAAAACUGAUAUAGCAGAGGCAAGAGAACAAAUAGAAGAGUUACGCAGUGUAUGCGGUAACUUGUCGUCUCAGGUAGCUGUGAGACAGGAAGAACUCUUCCAAAAGGAUUGUGUUGUGAUCAAAGCUAAGAAGGAGUUACAGGAGCUGCAGAACCUUUGUGGACAAAACACUGAAUAUACAGCACAGCAGUCUGAGCUGAUAAAGCAGCUUCAGGUUCUCAAUGCUAAUACACAAAAAGUAGUGAAAGACCAAGAAGAUGCUCACACAGCUGAAAUAACAUUAUAUCAAAAACUUUAUAACGAGUUGAGUUUAUGUUUUGAAACUGUUAAAACAAGUGAAAUUCAACUGCAGCAAAGCUGUGCCUCUCUUCAGGAUCAGUUAAUUGAAAAAGAUAAAAAAAUUUGUCUGUUGCAAGUGCAACUUCAGGAAGCACAUAAUGCUUUGAAUGGAGUACAUCAGAAUUCUUAUCCAAAAUAUCAGGUACAGGAACCACCUGUGAAACGUUCAAGGUCUCUGUCCCCAAAGAGCUCUUUUAGAGAGUCAGAGGAACUAAGGAAGCUUAAAAUAGCUGAAAGGAAGAUUGAAAACUUAGAGAAGACACUAUGGCUAAAGACUCAAGAAACUGAUGAGCUAAGAGCAGCCUAUGAAAAACACAAAGAAAGGCUGCAGAUGUUACAGACCAACUACAGAGCACUAAAAGAGCAAUUAAAGCAGUGGGAAGAGGGUGAUGCCAGGCUUGAAAAUAGUAAAAGCGGAUACCAGCAUGCAGACUCCUUUCAGCUUUCUCAAGAGGAUCCUGAUGUGGUGUGGACUGAACUGGCUUUUUUCGAAAGGGAACACAAAAAGCUGUUGAUUGAAAAACUGAAUCUUGAAGAAGAAUUGGAUCAGAUGAAAAUACACCAAUCUGUGGAGCCACUUUGUAAAUUUAGUGAAGCUGAUGGAGUCAAAAAUAAUAUUCCAGUGAGGAAUAUGAGAGACGUUUCACAUCAGAUGUUACAGAAGGUGCAACAACUAGAAAGAAGAUUCAAUGCAUUUGAAGGGGAAUUAAGGGAACAGAAAGAAGUAAAUAAAGACUUAUUGAAUCAGAAAAUUUCAUUGAAAGAAUCUUUAAAAGUACAAAAGGAAGAUGCAGACACAAGAGAAAGAGAGCUGGAAACACUACUUAAGAGGAUUUGUGAAAUGAAAAAAGAAAAAUCAGAACUUCAGUUAGUGAUUGAUGAGAAGGAAAAAGAAGCUGCCUUUUUGAACGGGCCAGUGGCAGAAGCUAACAGGUUGAGAAAUGAAAGUGAAGAUUUGCUGAGUCAAGUGCAAGAGCCGAAAUGCUUGCCGGAUAAAGCCAGAGCAGUGGCAACGUCUGGGCAAUGUAAUUGCAAGAUAACAGGCACCAAGGUUAAAUUAAAAACAGCCAAGGAAAAGAGCUCUUUGGGACAUCAUGGAGCUUUUCUCAAACAGUCCAUCAAGGUUAUGAGUAAUGUAUUUGAGAACUUCAGUAAGGACGGCUGGGAGGAUGUGAAUGAAAGCUGUGACUCUAAAAUACCAAAUCCUGAAAGUUUGGAAACAGUGAUUAUGAAGACAGUGCAAAACAUUGAUCCACUGCCAGACAGAAAUAAACAAGAAAAAAUGUCCUGCAACACUGUUCAUUUAGAAGGCCAAAAUGAGCAAAAAAAGGUAUAUAAUAAAAAGUCUCAUUCACAGAAUAAAGACCAAAAAAAGUUACAUUCUGAGAGGAGGAAGAUCUGCUAUCUUGUAACGUCACAUCCAUCAAUUCUAAGCAAAGUGAACAGAGUGAAAAGGAGAAAUACCACCCUCCAGAAACCAGGUUGCACUGUUACUCUACUGCAGGAAAGAAUUAAGUCAUUGCAGAAGCAGAUAGCUGUUUUACAGAAUGAAAAAAAGACUGCAGUGGCUUCUGUGAAGGAGAUGAAACAAACCAAUGAAAAACUAACAAAUCAGCUACAUUUGGCUAAUCAGAGAGUUCAAACUGGUAAACUGACCAUAGAGAUGUUGACCUCCAACCUGGCCAAGUGGCAACAGGAGAAGGAAGAUUUACAAGGAAAAUUAAAGUUGAGAGAACACCUGUCUCGAACUGUUGGCAAGAGUAAAGCCACACCAGCUCCUUCAAAGAACAUUGAUUUAGAGAUGAAACAGCUGCAGUGCAAACUAAAGAAUUCGAAUAAUGAAAUCACUAAGCAAUCGACCACCAUUAAGUCACUAAAAAACGAAGUCCAGGAAAAAGAAGAAUGGAUUCGGGAACUACAAGCGAAAAUUUCUCAGUUGGAGAGGGACGUUACUGUGAAAAGACAUUUGAUAGAAGACUUAAAGUCUCAUCUGAAAGCAAGUCAAGAAAAUGAGAAAACCUCAAGUGAAACACUGGGAGGUCUUGAGAGGAAGGUAAAGGCACUGGCUGAAGACUGUUCAAGCAAAAAAACUUCCAUUGACUCACUGAAACAAAGACUUAAUGUAGCUACGAAAGAGAAGUCUCAGUAUGAGCAGAUGUAUCACAAGGCUAAAGAUGAGUUGGAGAAAAAGGAUCUCAAGCUUACCAAACUAGAAAGCAAAAUGAUUGAGACUGAAUGUGCUAUGACUGAACUUGAGACUGCUACAUCUGAUCAGCUACAGAGCUUGGCUAAACAGAGUGCAGAGGCUUUGGAAACAUUACAGAAGAAGUUGCUGCUCACCAGUGAGAAAGUAGAAGAGUUCAAGACAUUUGUAAAGACUCUAAGCAGAGAGUUACAGCGCAGCAUACAGGAGCUGAGAACAAAAAUCAGAAAGGCAAAAAAAUUGGGCAAGAUGAAAGCAUCUAAAAACUGUCUUUCCCAAGAGUCUGUUCAGUUGGCAGCAUCUAUCCUUAAUGUUUCAACAACUGAUCUUGAGGAGAUACUAGAUGUAGAAGAUGAAGAGGAAACAGCAAAGACAAAAUUGGAAUUUGAAAAAGAUAAAGAAUGGCUGCAGCGUAUACAGAAACUUAUGGAAGCACAGGUCUCUGCUCCCUGCCUGUCCUGUGAUCACACCCACAUACUGACCCAUGCACAAGCUGCUGCACACACUCACCACUGCAGCUCAUCACCAGAAGGGAUCUCCAAAAGAAGCAAACUUAAGGUCAGAAUAAAUAGGCACAACAUUAAGGAGGUGAAAUCUAUCAGAAAUGAAUGAAGUCAAGCUAGGCAAGAAGAAUUAGAGACUUUGAGGUAAUGAUAUAGUGUUCUCGUAAAAAACAUAUUUAGACAGAGAGAGAGCAAUUAGAGUGAACAGGAUGCUGCAGUCUGUGUUUUUAAAGCAUAGUAGCAAGUGAGUCUCACAGAAUGUCAGGUAAGAUUAUGUCUUAUAUUACACUGAAUAGAUUUGUGCUCAGUGAAUUCGAUCCCUCUAUUCCCCAAAAAGUAAUCACAAUAGCACACAGGAGAAAGCUGACAGGUGUAGAUGACUACUAGAAAAUUCUUACCAUAGGCAUAAGUUAUUUAUGACAGACAGAGACAUGUCUGGCCAGAAGUACCAGCCCUUUAAAACUCUCUUUCCCAGAGAAAAGAGAAAUAAUGUGUAUUAUUGUCCUUUUUCUGUAACUACAAAGUAACUGCUCAGCAACAUGUAGGAUUGCCAUUGUAGACACUCCACAAUGGAUGAUUGCUAUUAAUAAAAUUUUCCUUGCUACCAUUUUAGACUUUUUCUUCUGACUUUUUUUUUUCUAAUUUAGUAAUUAAAAAUAUCAGUAUAUAGAGUCAUAUAUCUAUAUCAGUUUACAUAUUACAUCAACAUUUGUAUUUUAUGUUGUUUUGUGUCUGGGGUUUUAUUUUUUCUUUUAUAGUUUUUGUUUCUUAUAUCUAGGAAACAGACAGUACUCUGUCUGGUGUAGGUACUAUACAAUUUUCUCUUUAAAAUGGAAUAGAGAAGUGAAAAAUUAAAAUUAGAGCAGCAACACUGAAGUAUGGAAUUAGACAGGAGUUCUAGAUGAAAAAGUGUUGCAUUCAACUACACUUGUAAAAAGCUCAAGCUAGUGAUUGGCUUGUUUACCAAAUGUUAUAUUUUACCUAAUUUUUUUCUGGUGGCCUUAUUAAGGUAAAAUUUUCUCUCCUUCUGAUAUGAGAAAAAGCUGUUACUUCUCCUGUGGGAUUGAUCCUUCAGUCACCACUGGUCUCACCAGGAGUUCAAGGAAGCUGACAGAGCUCUGUGAAGCUGAUGGAGACUUUUCAACAGCGAACGAAAACUGCCCUGCUCUCCUCUGUGGCACAGCACUGGCCACUCUUCGAGUGGAGCUGCCAGUGUUCUGUACCACCUUUAAAAAUACUUCCCAGCAAACAGUGAAUUGAUGUAUCAAGACUGUGAAAGAAAACCUCUUUAGGCAUUAAGGAGAUGACACUGAAAAAUAUACCAAAUAUCUUUCUUCUGAGGCAAUGGUUGUGCAAAUAC